AAAUAAAACUUACGAUUAAUCGAGUUGAAUGUCAUAAAUACGAUCGGAUUAACUUCUAGACGGUAUCGACAGACCUUUUUAUACAGUCUAUUAUUUAACCAUGCUAUAAACUUUAGUCUUGUAUUGUCUUCUUUGUGGUAAACUCAGACUGCACAUGUUUGUGUGUUUGAGUAAGGUGAAUUUUAGCAUGUACAGUGACACAGUUUGUUCUAUUUUUAUUUUAUUUUUUUUUUAAAUUAUAGAUUCAUAGUGUUUUAGACUCCACUAGACUCUCAAGGUAUUUGUUGUGUAUGCUGUCAUUGUCUCAGUGACUUCCUCAUUCAAGCAAUCUCUCUCUCUCUCUCUCUCUCUCUCUCUCUCUCUCUCUCUCUCCCCCCCCCUUCCUCGGUGGCUCUUGUGAUGUAUUGGUUUUCUGCUCGACUUCUCCCUUUAAGGGCCGCACACUGCUGGCAGUGUUUGGGCCUUCCUGCCGGCUUACAAAGCAGUUCCACUUUGAACGGGGUCUCUGGCGGGGAUCAACUGAAUCCAAGGCCCUUCAUUGUGUGACCACCGUUGUUAGCCAGGGAAAAGCCAAAGCACAAAUUCACGACUUGACUUACUAAAUUCCACGCCAGAGAUCUUUCAAGGGUGAAUAGGGGUGUGAGGAAGCUGCUUCAUUGUAAAAAUACGUCUUAAGUGCUCCUGGAAUUUCUUCAUACGUUUCUUCUGUAUUUUACUGAAUGAGAGUGAUAUUGUUGGAGUUAACCAAACCCUUGUUGGACUACGAUGAGGAAUUUGGUUGUAGAUGUUCAUUUUCAGCAUCAGGAUUGAAUAACAGGCUAAUAUUUUAAGUUACAGCGUUCUAGACAAAAUUCAACAGAUUUCUACACACCUUCAUCUGGGCACUGCGAGGUGUCCUGUGAUCCGUCUGUGCCUGCAGAUGAGACUUAUCCCAGGACAAAACCACAAAUCAGUCGAAGGUUUAAAAACCCAUCUUAAACCCAUUAGUCACACGCCAUUUCCUUAUAUAGAGCAGUCAACUCGUCCUCCACUUCUGAGGAGUCGUUAACAUUCUGUGCUGGACAGCGGAGGAUGCUGCGCAUGCGCCUUCUUUUCACCGUGCAUCAAUGGUCUGAGUGCAGUGGAACAGAGGGAGAGAGGAGCCUGCUUUUGGAGCUGCGCGCUGAAAUGCAUGGAGCGGAGCGGCAGAGAAACACCAAGCACAAGGCCGAGGCUCAGCCGAGCACCAUGACAGACGGAGGGGUAAAGUGCGACACCAUCCCGGAGCGAGUGACUCUCAAAAAAGAAAUAGGACUUCUGAGCGCCUGCACCAUCAUUAUCGGUAACAUCAUUGGCUCUGGGAUCUUCAUCUCUCCUAAAGGUGUCCUUGAGCACUCGGGUUCUGUUGGAUUGGCACUGGUGGUAUGGACAUUAGGAGGGGGCAUCGCUGCGCUUGGCUCUCUCUGUUAUGCUGAACUUGGGGUCACCAUUCCUAAAUCCGGGGGAGAUUAUUCCUAUGUUACAGAGAUUUUUGGAGGACUUGUUGGGUUCCUGCUUUUAUGGAGUGCGGUACUGAUCAUGUACCCAACUACUCUGGCUGUAAUAGCUCUGACUUUUUCUAACUACGUCCUACAGCCAGCCUUUCACAACUGUGUUCCUCCUUAUAUGGCAACACGUAUGCUCUCCACUGUCUGUAUCUUAUUUCUGACAUGGGUAAACUGCUUUAGUGUGCGUCUGGCCACACGGAUCCAGGAUAUCUUCACUGUAGGGAAGCUCCUGGCACUGGGCCUCAUUAUAGCCGUGGGACUAUUCCAGAUCUACGAAGGUAAUUACCAGGGUCUUACACCACAAGUAGCGUUUGAGUUUUAUAAGACACCAUCGGUGGGGCAGAUCGCACUGGCGUUCCUUCAGGCCUCCUUCGCCUUUAGCGGAUGGAACUUUCUCAAUUACGUCACAGAAGAGGUGGUGGAUCCCAGGAGGAACCUUCCACGUGCAAUUUACAUCUCCAUUCCGCUGGUGACCGUUGUGUACACGCUCACCAAUAUCGCCUACUUCUCCUCCAUGUCACCUGAUGAGCUGUUGUCCUCCAAUGCUGUGGCUGUAACAUUUGGAGAGAAGCUGCUUGGAAUGUUCUCCCCAAUCAUACCCAUCUCUGUGGCACUCUCCACAUUCGGAGGCAUCAACGGCUAUCUCUUCACCUCAUCCAGGCUCUGUUUCUCUGGUGCGAGAGAAGGACAUUUACCCAGCUUACUAGCUAUGAUUCACUUUAAGAGUUGCACCCCGAUUCCGGCCCUGCUUGUCUGUUGCACUGCCACGAUUGUUAUCAUGUGCAUUGGUGAAACACACAACCUUAUCAACUAUGUGUCCUUCAUCAACUACCUCUCUUAUGGAGUCACUAUUGCUGGCUUGCUGUAUUACAGAUGGAAGAAGCCAAACCUGUACAGACCUAUCAAGGUGAGUUUGUUGGUUCCUGUGUGUUACCUGCUGUUCUGGGUCCUGCUGCUGGGCUUCAGUCUGCACUCAGAGCCGGUGGUCUGUGGAGUCGGACUGGUCAUCAUGCUCACUGGAGUACCUGUAUACUUUCUGGGAGUGCACUGGAAAGAUAAGCCAAAGUGUAUCUAUAAAUUCAUUGAGUGGGCUACGUAUCUGGGUCAGAGAGUGUUUUUUGUGGUUUUCCCCCAAGUCGACCCCAUCGAAGACAUAACACCUAGAGAAUGGACGGAUAAGUCUUCUGCCGUUAGCAAGGCCUCUGGACCUGUUUGACUUUUUUUUUUAUCUUUCUUUGUCUAUUACCUUAAUUAUAUAAUGUGUUGUUAAACGUUAGUUGCCAUCUUAUUUUAAAGCCCCAGAAUAAGGUUUUGGGGUAAAUAUUCAAACACAAAUACCUAUAAGCCUUGUAUAGUGUCUUCCCAUAGAUGUAAAUUUAAAAUAUUUGAAAACAUUUCUAACAAUCUGAUAUAUUGUCCGAAGUACUUUAGUAUGGUUUAACUGGAUUAAUUCAGAAUUAUUGCCUGAGGAUUUUAUAUGCUAUCGGGUGUUUCUCUGGUAGUUUUAUAUGCUAUCGGGUGUUUCUCUGGUAGUUUUAUAUGCUAUCGGGUGUUUCUCUGGUAGUUGCCUGUAUAUAUAUACUUGAAAUACAUAAUAAUGGAGACGUAAGAGCUAAUGCUGAAUAUAUUUAUUGCAAUUUGGCAGUUAGAGAAUUCCUUGUAUUUUGUUGUACGUUACCUCUUUAAAGCACAGCUAGAAAUCUGGCAUUCAGGAAAGCGCUAGCUUUGCUAACUAAGCAAGGUGCGUGACAAGAUGCGUACCCUAUACCUUAUCUUACAACCGUUUGUUAAUGACUCGGUUCUUGAGAACAUGAUAUUUUCUGUAAAGACAAAGUGGACAAUUUUCAAUUUUAUUCUAAUCUUUCAUAAAGUAUAUUAAUGUUUAUCCGUUAGAUAUUGUUUGCAUUAUAAUCAAACAACAAUGAACCUAAUAUCAGUUUAUUGUUUAUAGCGACUGCAGGUAAAUCCUAUUCCUCUCAUACAUCUCAGAAGUAAACAUUUGUGAUAGGGAUUUAAAAAAUGACUAUAAAAACACACGCUUUGUCUAUAAAACCAGUGUUUUCAGUUGUUCCUUGGAACAACUGAGAGGGUUAGAGGAGUGAAAGGGUGAGAGGAGUGAGAGGGUUCCUCUAGAGGAGUGAGAGGGUUAGAGGAGUGAGAUGGUUCCUCUAGAGGAGUGAAAGGGUUAGAGGAGUGAGAGUGUUAGAGUGAGAGGGUUUCCCUAGAGGAGUCAGAGUGUUAGAGGAGUGAGAGGGUUCCUCUAGAGGAGUGAGAGGGUUAGAGAAGUGAGAGAGUUCCUCUAGAUGACUGAGAGUGUUAGAGUGAGAGGGUUCCUCUAGAGGAGUGAAAGGGUUAGAGGAGUGAGAGUGUUAGAGUGAGA